AUGUUGAUUGUCCACAGAUUAAAUAGACCAUGGAUCCUGUUCUCACUCCUGUUCGUCUCUUUGCUCUUACUCUUCGCACCGUUUACCAGACACGGUGAAGGGAACAGGGUGAGAUUGAAAGGGGUGAUCGAAAGUGUUAAAAUCAAAACAACAGGUUUGGGAGUAAGCAAGGCUGAGGAGGAUGAUCAUUGGAAUGAAGCUGAUAAGAUGAGGGAAUGGGAAUUCAACAGAGCAUUACAAUAUGAAGGUACCGGAUCAAGGAUACAGGCUUUCAUAGAUAAAGCUAGAUCAGGGCGACCAUUUGUCGUUUCUGUUAUAGGCGGUAGUGUUUCCAAGGGACGUGGUUUGACUCCUCCAUCAUCGCAUUAUCACCAGCAUCGUCGUCGUCGUGCAGAAGAAGAAGAGACAAUAGAUAAUAUCAAUGAACAGCAAGACCAAGAUGCGAACGCAGAUAUAACUGAAGCAGAUUCUUCUACCCUUGCAUCAAUACCGAAUGAUAGUCUAUCUUCGUCAAUACAACUGGGAGCAUCGACAUUAUAUUCAAAAGAGAAUUUACACGUUAUGAUCUUCAAUUGGUUAGAUACUACCUUUCCAAAUCCGAAUAAUAGAUUUAUCAACGGCGCUCAAGGAGGUGUUGGAGCUGGUUACUUCGGUUGGUGUUUUAAAGAACACAUACCUGAAGAAUCAGAUCUGAUACUCGUCGAACAAGGAAUCAACGACUUACUGGAUAUGGAAGUGAUCAAUCUAUAUGAGCGGUUAUUGAGGGGAUUACUGGAAUUGCCCAAUAAGCCCGCUGUUAUCAAUAUUGAAACGUUUACAACAUUAUUUCCAACUCUUCUUUCUUCUUCGGCUUUUCAUCAGGGUGUAUUGAAUUUCUACGACGUACCAUCGAUAGCCAUUAGAGAUGUCAUUUUACCUCGAUUACUGGCAGAUCCAGAUAAACAAAUGCCAAGGUGGUUCAGAACCGGCAAUGAUGUAACUUUGAAAGAUCCGAAAGCGAAAGCUUAUGGGGGUCAAGCUGUUGAUGUGAUGCACAUAUCAACUAGGGGUCAUGCUCUGGCCGCAGGUCUAGUGAUUCGGUAUUUACAAGAUCAAAUAGAACGUUCAGCCCCUCCAUCGUACUUCAGAAAAGCCUUGAGUCGUUUCGCAUCUAGUUACAUCAAGAAACCACCUCUUCGAAUAUUGGAUGUACCUUCUACAUCUCUCACAGGCCAAUUUAACCCUUUUCAACGUGAUCCAAGACACGUACCCGUGUGUAGAUCUGAAAACUCAGCAAGGUUUCAUGGCAGAGUAUCGAGUGUGGAAGAUGAUCGUUCGCAAGGUCAAGGUCAAGGAUUACAGCUUGCCGAAGGGUCUCAUGGAUGGUCACAAUGGUCUUGGGCAGAAAAACGAUAUCUGAUAUCCACUGACCCAGGUUCAAUAGCGAUAUUCCACUUUGUCACAUCACCACCUACCAGUGAACUUGAAGAAUCAAAAGAAUCUUUGUUGUUAGCUGAAUCUGAUCCUAUCCAAGGUUCAAUCAACGAUGAUGAUGAUGAUGAUGAUGACGUCCAACUGGAAUUGCAAGAAGCACAAGAAGAGGAGGAAGAAGAAUUGGCUCCGGUGGAACAGAAGAAUAAUAGAAAUAGAUUCGAUCCUUUACCCCUGGGAGCAAGACCUGGCGGUCCAUUUAAUUUACAUGCCAUGGAACACGAACACAUUUCCAAACCCCAACGGCGUCAAGAUAUGCAGCGAAGCAAAAUAGCAAGAUCUCGUCGACAAUCCAAAACCUCGGAACGUAUCCUGGUACGUGAACAGAAUGCGACUCUGCCUUCAUCAAUCGAAACUGAGAUUGACCAAGAUUCAAGACGACUCAUCUCGGCAAUUGGGAUGAGACAAGAGAGAGGAGCAGGUGGAUCAGUUUCCAUAGGUUAUCAAAGAAGUGCGAAAUUAGGUUUGGGAAGUGUUUGGUGUUGGGUCGACAAUGAUAGAAUGCAAGGAACUCAAGUUGAUGGCUGGUGGAAGUUGGAUAAAAGGAACAUGGGAAUGGUAAAAGAAGUAGCAUCAGGAUUACAACCUGGUAGACACACAUUACACUGUGAAUUAUUAUCACAAACUUUGGAUCCUUCAGGUGGAACCGAAUUCAGAUUAUUCGCUGUAAUGCAUGACUAG